UCUCCCUCUCUCCCCCUUCUCUCUCUCCUUCCCGGUGCUUCUGUGGUUAAAGGCACCGCGCGCGCGCCGGCGACACGUUCGCCGUUGCCGGUCCGGCGGCUGAGCUCCUGCCCUCGAACCGUCUCACGCCCCGUCGUUCGAAAAACCUUCGCUUUCCCCCGAAACCCCUUUCCAUCGAUCGGUUUUCCCCUUCCAAUUUGCGGUAACUCUAGGGUUUUCACCGAGCCGAGCAACCGCCGGAAUGAGCCUCCCGUCCUCAGUCGUCGCCGCGACAUGACCAGCCUCCGCGACGAGCCGGCCGCCGGCGGCGUCCCUGAGGGCUUCCACAGGGUCCACGCCGAGCGCGACCCGGAAUCCAACUGGGCCGUCGAUCUCGACCGGUUGCUCGAAGAGUACUUGGCCAAGAUCUGCGCCGGCGAGAUACCCGACGACGAGGACGGACGCAUCCACGUGAAUUUCGCUGAAGCUGCUUUGCUGCUCCAGGGUUCGGCCCAAGUGUACAGCCGGAAGGUGGAAUAUCUGUAUUCGUUGGUUUUGCACGCUUUGGAGUUCAUCUCUCAACAACGGCAGCAAAAUCAGGAUGAAAGCACACUAGUCCGGCCCCAAGAAAGUGAUUUAGGCGUGGUUCCAGAUGAAGAUGAAGAUCCUUUUUGGAUCUCAGAUGAUGUGCCAGUGGACCCGAAGAAUUCUCUGGAUAGCUCAUUAGAGAAAGAUGCUCCACCAAAUUACUUCGUGAAGCCUCCUGCCAAUCUGGUUGUACUGGAAGGUGAUUGCUUAGAUGCUUCUGGUACAGCUGGAGAAUUGGAGUCGUAUCUGUUGGCCAGCAGUGAAAUUUUCCGGGAUUUUAUCCUCCUAGAUUCAUGUGAUGCUGUCACAGUGAAUUCGUUCUUAAAGGAAGAUGUUAGAAAUGGGCAGAGCCAAGGAAUCAAGGUCAAAUCAACUCGCAAGAGCUUUCAAUCCCCAACAGGCCGCUCUGGGGGUGGUGCACAUAAGUCAUCUGCUGGAAAGAGCCGGAACAAUUUGGACCAAUCUCCUCCUGUUGGCUGCAAAAUCGGAGUUGGUGGUUGUGACGUGGGGCUAGAUCCUCUUGCUCCUGAUGACUUUAUAAACUCUCAAAAUGAGUUUGGCAUGGAUAAUGAUGAUGCAGGACCUGCAGACUUCGGUUAUGAAGAUAAUGAUGACAACGAUGACAAUGACGACCCAUGGAAGCCUCUAAAUCCCCAUGAACCUGGGAAUCUAAAAGUGAAACCUUUCAAAAGAGUAAAAGCCUGCAGAAAGCCUUCCAUUAAUUCUUCGAGGAAAGUCUCUUUAGUGGAUGAAUUUCCUCUUGCAAGAAGACAUGGCACUAUUAGUCCAGAAUUCACAUAUGUGUGGGAAAAUCAAAACACCCAUGAAAGAUGGCAGGGGACCCAAUCCCCACCAUUGUUUGAAAAGCUAAGACAGUCGCUGAUAGAUGGAAUUUGUGGAACUUCAAAUGUUUUUGGUAGUUUUGAUAACAUGAACGGAGAUCAGGGACAUGAUGAUGGAGUUCCUGAUUUUGAUGAAGUUGAUGCGGACAUGCCUGAGAAUGUGCAUGUUGAUGAAAUGGAUGAAGAUGCACAUUUCCUGAUAAGUUUUAUGGGUCGUGAUGAUGAUGUUCAUUUGGAGACUGAUGAGGCUUUUGGAGAUGAAGUUGUGGUGUCAAAUGCAAAUUUAGAAGACCUCUGUCGUUCUCACCUAGAUGCUCUCCUUACCAGUAUAGCUGAAAGUGAGAAACAGACUGAAUUGGCUGCACGAGUUUCUACAUGGAAACAAAAGAUUGAGCACAACUUGGAAGAGCAAGAUUCUCGCCCUCCAUUUGACAUUCAUGGAUACAGCACCAAAAUCCUCGAAAAACUUUCUGUAGAAGCAGAUCAACAGAAUGCCAUGUCCUUUGCUGAUAUCGUGCAUGGCCAAGAGAAGCAUGAUGUGGCUCGAACCUUCUCUGCGCUUCUUCAAUUGGUGAACAAUGGAGAUGUUGAUUUGGAGAGGAGUGACAUCAGGGAAUCUGUCUGUUAUACUGCUGUGAAUCCUUUCCACGUUCGUCUGAUCGGCAAUAAGACGAGAGAGAGGGAAAUACAGUUGAAGAAGAGGCUGAGGUCUCCCAUAAAACACGCGGGAAAAGGCGGUGGGAACGGACCGGUUAGAGAGAGGGAGAAGUCUCCUGCCAAUUCUCUUUCGAGGCCUAGGUCAAGGGUACCAUCGUCACGACCUCAUUCUAAGUUCCCUAUUAAGGUCGCGAAAGUAGGCGGCGUGCGGUGCACUCCCGACAGCAAAAGGAGAAGGAGCUCGCGAUUUGUGGAGCCCGUUGAUUUACACCCUGCUGGUUGACAUGAACCUCAUGGUGUGCCACGGGUACGUAUCCUUGUUCCGGACAAUCAGGGCAAGUGGCUGUACAGCUCGAGAGCAAAUAAGAUUGGGACCUCUUCCUCUUUAGUUUGACACUCUUAACAGAACGUAGGCAUCGGUAAUUUCGGUUACUGUCUAAUUUAUUAUUAAGCCAGUGUAAUUGAUCAACGAGCAUUAUAACAUAGAUAGCAAUGUGAUUAGUGUUGUCAUUCCUUCCCCAGCAAA